UCUGUCACGUAUAACUAACAGUUUUAUUUGCAGUUCAACUGGUGUUUGUGUUUUAUUCAAACCGUAAUAAUCGGAAUUUGUGCUGCGAAAAAUAUUUAUCUAAAUAUGGUAAUAUCUUGUGAUUUUCAUUUCGAAAUUUUGAAUUCUUAGAAAAUUACACUGAUGGAAUUAAUAAUGAAACCACUUUGCUGUAUCAUUUUAGUAGUUAUUGUCAACAAAUCUCAAUUUAAUAGCGGCAUAGUUAUUCCUUUUAACGAUUAUAUUGACUUCUAAUGUGUUGAAAUGUUGGGGGACUGAAACUUGAUAUAAAUUUCAUAUAUUGGAAUCUGUGAGGUUAUUAUUUCACUGGCUUUUCGAAAAAAAAAACAUUUAUCUGAUGUGUGGGAAAACAAAAUGGUGUAACUCUUUAUUUUCGGUAUGCCUAUUGCCAGAAAGCAGGGGUGCUGCUUUGCCCUGCAUCUGCGCGAAGACAACGCAAGAUUUAUUCUUUUGUUUUUUGUAAUGACUGCAUAUAUGCUAGUAGGUGCAACAGUAUUUAUGUUUUUGGAGCGGGAUAACGAGGUGGAAGAAAGAAAGAAGUAUAAUGAUUCCUUGAAUUUAUUCCGACAAAAAUAUCCGCAAAUAAAUGAAACGGAUUUACAGAUUUUGCUGAAUGCUCAUACUGAAGCUGAAUCUGCUGGAUUUGUAGGAAACAAACGUCCGAGGUGGGACUUUUCUGGAGCUUUUUACUUUGUUGGAACAGUUGUAUCCACCAUUGGAUUUGGUAUGACAACGCCACGAACGAUUGGUGGGAAAAUACUGUUAAUUUUCUAUGGAUUUUUAGGAUGCGCUGGCGCUAUACUGUUUUUCAAUUUAUUUCUUGAAAGAAUCAUCACAUUCCUUGCAUAUAUCCUACGAGCAAUUCAUGAAAGAAAACUACGAAUAAAAGGUAUAGAUAAUAAAGAUAGACGAAAUUCUCAUAUCUCGGACGAUGAACAAUUAGACACAUGGAAACCUUCGGUGUAUUGGGUCAUGCUUAUUUUGUUGUUAGGAGCUGUAGUUGUCGCCUGCUGUGCUUCUGCGAUGUAUUAUCCGGUGGAAGAUUGGACGUACUUUGAAGCUAUUUAUUUUUGCUUUGUAACUUUUGCAACGAUUGGAUUUGGUGAUUAUGUGGUUAGUCAAAAAGAUGAUUAUGAAAAUAGACACUUUUAUCGCCUGGGAAAUUUCAUAUUUAUUGUUUUAGGUUGUUGUUGUAUAUAUAGUUUGUUUAAUGUAACAUCCAUUGUGAUAAAACAGUUUUUAAAUUGGAUGAUUUCUAAAUUAAACUGUCAUUGUCGACGCCGGAAAAGAUCGAGAGGAAGAAGAAACGCCAUUACACCCAGACAUUUAAACGGAAGUGCGCGACAUAAAAAGGGUGACAAAGCAGAUAGCGACAGCGAUUCCGAUAGACGCAAUUCAGACGAAAUGAUAUCAAUGAAGGAUUUUCUACAUACUAACAAAAUUUCUCUGGCACUUAUGCAAAAACAGCUUUGGGAAACCGCACAAAGAGGACAAAUGUCGUCACACGGUGGUGGUUUCCAAGGACCUGUUGGUCCUAUGGCCAUAUUAGAUAGAAAACUUGGACAGGAAGAUGUUUAAGGGAAAUCAGAAAUCAAUUUCAACAUCACAUCUGUGACAUACUAAAAUGCCAAUGUAUAAAUCAAGUCAAACGAAAAUCAUUUUUAUAUCUAAUUUUGCGUAUCAAAUGUUUACAUUUAUCAUGUAUGUUGCAUAUUUAUUUUUAAAGCAUGACUGCACACUGAUAUUACAAAGAGAUUUGUUUACACUUGGUUGUUUGAUCGGUAAAAUAGUCUUUUAAACAUCAGAUUGCUGCGGUGAAUAUUUCAAUUAAAUCAUUGUGCUUCUGAUCGAAUUGUACGCAUACUGGUCAAAGUAUUUAGAUUUAUGAAAUCCAUUACUUCUACAGGAGUUAAAAAAACAACGCGUCACUUUUUAACAUUAAAUUCCUUUAUCAAGAACAAACAAACAAAUCUCCUAAUCGACUGAAAGUGUUAUUUAGAGAAUCAAAAUAAUUUACUUUUUAAAGAAUAAUCAUAUUAUUCAUCCUGAAUUGAAGGUUUGAUCAAUAAAACGAUUCUAAAAAAUACAGUAUCCAAGGACAUGCUUCAAAAUAACUUUCUAUUAUGAAGGACGUGGUGUCUUCAAGCAAAUUUAGUACGUUUGUUUUUUAUUCACUUUUGUGUAUGUGAAUGACAACUUAAUAUUGUAUCGAUAUAUGAAAAGUUUGUUUUUCAUAACAAUAUGGAUCCAUAAUAUAUCUAAACAUACAUUAAUACCGAUUUAUUAUUAAUAUUACUAACAUUAUUGUUGUUAUCAACAUUAUAUAAUUUAUUUACAGUGUUCCUAUUUUUCCUUGUUUUUUUUGCCUAUGAGUACUGGCAAUUAUGAAAGGGAGGGGCGCGAUAAGAGCAGUUAUUUGACCUCUGACAAUGCAAAAAUUAUAGUUUAAAUUUUCAACCCUAUUAAAAUCAUCGUUAUUUAAGUUAUAAAGUGAUCACUUUAAGUUCAGAGAUGUUGUUUGUGAUGUCACUUAUCUGAUCUAUAAUUGCCAUUUUACACAUAGUUUUUGGUAAAGAUUAAUAUGAGCUAUCAACAUCAACAUGUUCUGUAAAAGACUCUUGUGACAAAGUACAUUUUAGGGUAAGUGCUGCUGUUCAAAUCUAAAUAUUAAUUACAAGAUUUCAGAGGGGGGGGGCUUGGUACUGUGUGCAGUUUCUAUCCUAAAUGCAAACAGCUAGAAGGCCUCAAGCAAAUAUGGAUAUCUGACAGACAAUGGCCGUUUGAUUUUCUAAAAAAUGUUAUAGGGCCUUGUCUUUCCUUCUCCUUUUUACAAACAGUUAAUUUACUAAAACUUAACAACAUUAAGACAAUGCAUUUGUACUGCCAUUCAUAGUCCCAUCAAAUUAUAUAUGUUAAGAGUUCAGAUACAUCAAGUCGGACUGAUAUUAUCUUUGACAAAGCAGCUUUGACGUCGCCCUACACUGACUAAUUAAUAUGUUGUGAUAACCAUUCGUUUUCUAUGAUCACGGAUUGGGUUAUUUGUAUACGCAAUGCUUAUUCAAAAGCCACCAAAGGGUGUUUGAACACCCUCUUUGAACGUUUACUUGUUUCAAGUCAAAUCUUACUGGUGUAUUUUAAUACUAUCAAGUGGUUCAUAUUAUGUCAUCGAUUUGUCUUAAUUUUUGAACAAGAACCAUAUAAUCAAAGUAGAAAUAUAGUAUUAUGCAUGUUCAUAUGUUUUUUUUUUUUUCUUUUGUGGUUUGUGAUGCUUAAAAUAGACUGUUAUUAUCGUACAUUUGAGUAAUAUCUAAUGGGAAGCAAAACUCACUUGUCUUACUAAAUGUCUUUUUAAGCAAUACAAUUGCAACAUAGGAAAAGUUUGGAUACUUUUUAAUGACAUUAUUAUAUUUAUAAAUUUUUAAUGACAUAAUUAUUAUUAUAAAUUUAUUCCAAUGUAUGUUUUUUUUUAACAAUUUUUACUUUUAACCUGGUUUUUUUUUAUUGUUAUUUUUCUCUGAGAUUGCUGAGACAAUUGUUAGAAAUGAUAUUUAUUUUCAGUAAAGAGUUUUUUCUUUCAGUAUCUUGAAAAAUAAUGAAUUGGCAUGAUGGAUGCUAUGAUGUAUAUAAUUUUGAAUCCAAAUUCAACUGUCAAUAAAUUACAACUGAAGUAUCCAGGGAAAACCUUACUUUCGAUUAUAGAAAUUCGUACAUACACGUUAGAGAAUUGUUAAUUGUGUAACCCAGAGUGCAAAUAGACAUGUGCUCUUAUCAAAAUGCUCGAGAUUAGCAGGACAGUACUAACGUUCGUCAAUCUAUUUAAACGAUGAAAAAAAAUCAAAAAGUCAAUUCCAAGUUUGUUGAUAGGUAAAAACGAUGUUCUUGCUUAAGGAAUUGCUAACCUUAGUAUUAUUUGAAGUUCUUUCAAUAGAAAAUAAUGUCUUGUACACUACCAAUUAUUACAUGUAGAAACUUGAGAAAAAACAUACUCAUAUGAUCUCCUUUUAUAGUUAUUGUUGAUGAUCCAAACUAGUCAAGGUUACUAGAAUUAGUCAAGGUUACUAGAAUUAGAAAAUCCAAGAGCAAAAUUCUCGGAAAGUAUUUUUUUUUUAAAAGAAUGAUAUUUGAACAGAAUAUAGGGAGUACUAUAUUUUCCUCUUUAGAAUUUUCUUAGAAUAAAUCUGUUUAAAUGAUUUAUGGAUAUUAACCAGAUAGUUAUUGAAACCCUUAAUUGAAAUCUUUAGACCAGGAAAUGAAUUUUAGUUUUAAUAUGAACAAGAUAAAAAGGGGAAUUGUAUCUUUGGUAUAGAAGUUUGCAGUCGAAAUCAAAGACUUGUUUAUUAGAUGGCAUUCUUGACCCAUGGGAACGAUUUAAUUUCAUUGCAAGCUUAAGGUUUCUUUUUGCACAAAACAUUUAAGACGUAAAGUAGAUAAUAUAAACCAUUUUGAUGGAUAUAUGUUACCAAGCAAAAUCGAUUAUUUCUUACGACAUUUUUCGUUCAAUUUCUUCACCUAGGUGAACAAACAUUUUUAAACGAUAUAUGUUUUGUGAUAAUGGAUAGUGUCUUAAUACAAUAAAUUAUUAGUUAAAAGCAAGUAUGUUAUACAUAGCAUGGACAUUUCAAUUGUCUCUGAAAACAUUAAAUAGACGAGGCAAAUUAAGUAAACAUCCGAAAAUGAAGUUUUUAUUUGUUAUUAAACUGUUUUGUCUGCUAUUCCUAAAUAUGUGUCAGAAGUUGAUUUAGAGCGUUUUAUUAUGUAGAGAUCGUCCAUUUAGCUGAUAAGACUAAAAUGAAUAAGAUCAUUCAAUUUAAACUUGAUAAAAUACAUAAAUAGCUGUCCCGGGCACUUCUCGUAUUUCGAUUUGUUUUUCAAAUAGAUAUAAGAAGAUGUGGUAUGAGUGCCAAUGAGAUAACUCUCCAUCAAAGUAAACAUUGAAGUUUACUAUGAAUUCUAUUUCAUCCAACACAAUUAAAACCGGCAAUUUUUAUUCUUGUUGGAGAACUGCCAUUUGCAUAUUCUGUUUUAUUUUUAGAUUUACUAAUCAUUUACAUUAUUUCUUAUUAAGUUGAUUUCUAUUUUCUCCGCGUUUUUUCCCCAUAUAUUUCACAAAAUACUUUUGAAUUGUAGUUCAAAUUCGGUUCUAACUGAUGAAUGAUUUUCGAGUGAGACGCUUUUAUUAGUGAAUAUUUUCACUCUUAAUAUUAAAACUCUUAAUAUAACAUGACAAUUGUGUUUCUUCUGCAACAACAUGAAAUGAAACGUGUACUGCUUAUAAAUAUGGUGCUUCAAAUCUUUAUUAAUUGCAACCAUUUGUCUUUUAGAAAGAUAGCUAACACCUUUUUGAACCCUAUCUAAGAAAAACAAAUGGGUUCCCCACAAGUUCAAGAUAUAUUUAAAUUGAUCUUGAGCUAUAUUUCAGAAAUAAAUAUAAUAAAAAAACAUAUAUCCGCCGAGAAGGCUUAAUUGUUUUACCUGGGUCUUUUCCACGCCUUUUAAAGCUUGGUAAGCGUUAUGGGUUUUGCUCAUUUUUAGGACGUACGGUAACCGAAAGUUGCUUGCCUUCUAUGUCAUUUGGUCUCUGGUGGAGAGUUGCUUCAUUUGCAAUCAUAUCCUCUUCCUAUUUUCAUAUCAAAGAGAAAACCUCGCUGUCCAACGUAAGUCAUCAUAACCAAAGCCGGUUAUAUUAGGCAGAUUCGUUCCUUUUCUAAAAAAUCAUAUACAAAAUAUCAGUAUAUCAUCCGUUCGAAUAGAUGAUCAUAAGGGGGAUACUUUUAUUUAAUUGUAUAUCCAAAAUAUAUAAUUGAAUUAAAAGUAGGUCCAGGAGAAACAAAAUCAGACAUAACAAUUAUAUAAUACCAUAACACUUAUCUGCAUUAAAAAUGGUUUAAUGUUAAAUAAAGUCCCACGGCCGUUAUUCGGACGGCUGGGUAGAAACUCUCUUGCAAUCUUUAUAAUUUAAGUACUUAUUUAAAAAAACUACAUUACAUAGUACAAAAAAAACACAGGACAUUGGAUACAAGAAGACAGCAACCUAAAUACAAAAUAAGAACAACAAAUCUUAAAAGUUGUCAGCAUAGUCUCCAAUUAUAGAAAAUCGUCUAUACUAAUAGUCUUAAAUCGCCCGUCUAAACGGUUAAAAAUUAUGAAUAUCUAAAAUAUGUAUUAGAAUUUAUCAAGCUUUUGUAUGGCAAGCCGUUCUCGUCAAAACUAUGUUUAAACCAUUCUUUCGAAAAAAAUUACACUCUGAGAUUUAAGAACCUAAAAUAACACACUGAGAAAUCGAAAUUACACAAUGAGAUUUUAAAAUUACACACUGAGAUUUAAAAAAAUGAAAAACACACACUGAGAAUUUAAAAUUACACACUGAGAUUUUAAAAAGACACACUGAUGAAAAACACACACUGAGAAUUGUUAAUUACACAAUGAGAUUUCAAAAAUACAUACUGAGAUUAAUAUGCAAAUUACUAAUGAAUAUUCAUGAGAUGAAUAAUUCAACAGAUUAAUCUCUUGGUCUCUCGAACUCUUGUCAUUAUAAUGAAAUGCGGUUCCUACAACCAACAUUCGUAAUAAAUUUCAAGACUUAACAACUUUUUUUGCUAACUCAUAUUCAUAAGUUUGUUGCCUAUAAUUCAGAUUAUUACUAACAGUAUAUUGGGAUUUUUUGCCUAAAACUGUUUAAGCAUGGUCCCUUUUCAAAAGUCUUUCAACUGUUACCCUGAUUUCGCAAGGUAAUCUUUUAUAUUUUUGUUGCACUUGGGAAAAAAAUUCACAGCAUUGUUUGUAUUUUUGCAGAUUGUUCUAUUGUUUUCUUAUAAUUUUAAUAAAGGUUUUCACCAUUUGGUUAUAUUUUGUAAUGAGAGUAAGUGGGUAUUUUUCUUGUGCUAUUGGUCAUUGAUAACGUAGUUUUUCUAUACGUUGCAUUUUUAAUGUUUUUUAUAAAACAUUUAGCGCCAAAUUGAAGGACUAACGAGUUCUGUCUCUAGUUGUUUUAAGCUUGUAAUAGAUUCAGAUUAAGUAUGCUAAUUAGAUAUGUGCACAUAAAAAGAUCGCACAAAUCUCAGUGUGUAAUUUUAAAUUCUCAGUGUGUAUUUCAAAUUCUCAGUGUGUGUUUUUCAGUUUAUUUCAUCUCAGUGUGUCAAUUUGAAAUCUCAUUGUGUAAUUUUCAAUUCUCAGUGUGUGAUUUUCAAUUCUCAGUGUGUGAUUUUCAAUUCUCAGUGUGUGUUUUUCAUUUUUUGUAAUCUCCGUGGGUUUUUAUGCAAUUCUCAGUGUGUAAUUUUCAUAUUCUCAGUGUGUGUUUUUAGGUUUUUUAAUCUCAGUGUGUUUUUUUUUUUAAUUCUCAGUGAAAAGUGGUUUAAACAUGGUUUUGACGAGAACGGCUUGCCAUACUUUUGCUUUUUUUUUCCGAGUGAUUUUUUUGUGAUCUCUUUUGUAUGAAAAUUAUGUUUGACUGAUUGCUCACCAUAAGCCAAUGAAAAUUCACAUUAAUAGAAUGUCUGCAAUGUAGUUAUGUAAUCACGUUAUACACUUUCUAAUUAUGAACAUUCACAAUAUAUGUUUUUUAAGAUAAAUUAUAUUUUUAAAAUAAA